UGCAUUCGUUUUCAUUAACAGUUGUUACGUGACAGCGUUUAGACAUAUUUUGAGCAAUUAGAAAAAAUAAGUAAGAAAAAAAAAGAGAAACAACAAAUACACCAAAAAAAAAAUUAAGGAAUAAGAGCCGCAAUUCGCUCGAGACUGUGAUAAACUCGACAGAAAUAUCAAGUAUAAGAAAGAACGUAAUUAGUUGUGAAUUAAUUGAAAACGGAAAAAUAUAUUCAGUUAAAAGAAGAGGAGAACUGUUCGUACAUAUUGAGAAAAAGCACCGAGUAUCAGUUUAAAAAUUAGAUAAAAGAAUAGUUAUAUUACACGUAAUUUGCAAUAUUGCAAAAAAAACGUAUUAGGCCAAAAUGUCAGUCAAUCGUGCACCAAAGUCUGGAUUUGCAGCCGAAGCUCAACGCAAGAUUAACUCCAAAUACAGCGAAGAAUUGGCUCAAGAAUGUCUGGAAUGGAUAAAAAACAUAACCGGCGAACCUAUUAAUGCAUCUGGCGAUAUGGAUAACUUCUUCGAAGUCUUAAAAGAUGGUGUUUUACUUUGUAAAUUGGCCAAUUGCUUACAACCUGGUGUGAUUAAGAAAAUUAACGAAAGCAAAAUGGCCUUCAAAUGCAUGGAAAAUAUAUCUGCCUUUUUGGAGUGUGCCAAAAAUUUCGGUGUUCCUACACAGGAAACAUUCCAGAGUGUAGACCUUUGGGAGAGACAAAAUUUGAAUUCGGUUGUUAUUUGCUUACAAUCUUUAGGUCGUAAGGCUCAUCACUUUGGCAAACCGUCAAUUGGUCCAAAGGAAGCCGAUAAAAAUGUGCGUCACUUUACCGAAGAACAAUUACGGGCUGGCCAAAACGUCAUCUCAUUACAAUACGGCUCAAAUAAAGGCGCCAAUCAAUCUGGCAUUAACUUCGGCAACACCAGGCACAUGUGAAACUAUACAUCAUUCUCAAGUCAUUUCUUUAUAAUCCUUUUUGAAGCAAAGAACAUAAAACAACAUAUUGAUAUACAAUUAAUUACCUUAUUAAAGUUAGUUAAAUGAAGACAUUCCACGUCGUUAAUAUAUUUCUAAAAACUUGCAUUCCCCUCUUUUUUAAUAUACAUCAAUUAGGUAAAACUAUUUGGCGUAGCGUUAUAACAAACAAUAAUAAAUCCUUUUAAUUGUUUAGUACCUAAAUACAGAAAAUGUGUGAAUUUUGCUCUUUAUUCAUAUAAACGAUUUUUACUAUUUAUAUAUAUAUAAUUUUUUUUUUUUUGUAUUAAACCAUUUUUUGAAUCUAUUAAAAGAAAGUAUCGUUCUUACUUUUUAUUUUAUUAUUUUAUUUAUUUGACACAAUAGUAACGUAAACAACGCAACCCUUAAUAACUCUCUAACUAAUUGGCACUAAGUUAGCUUUUAAGACCUUACAUCUAUCAAAACACACACACAUAAUAUUUGUAUGCAAACGUAAAUAGAUAUACCUAUUAAAAUGUGCCAUUUUACUACACCUUGGAUUAUAGCAUUUAAAUUUAUGAAUGAACAUUCGAUUUUUUUAAAUGUCCUUAUAUAUCUGCCUUUACAAGUACCGGCUAAGAGAGAAUAAAACGAGUGACGAACAUUCCCUUAUUUGAAAUAGAUCUUUACGUUUCAAUAAAUUUUGUAUACAAUUUUGGACAAUAAACAUAUUCUUAUAUUAAAAAAACACACUAAUCAUCAGUUUUAUUUCUUGAAUAUAACGAUGACAAUAUAGCUCUUAUAUGUGGCUUGCCACGUG